GGCCCUGCAGAACGGAUUGCCCGAGAAUAAGAAUGGGUGGCUCGAGAACAGGCGGCGUCCAUUGACAAUGAACUCACCUUGUUGUCUGCUCGCUCACCCAAGGGUCGUAGAGAACAAAGGCCAUGAGACGGCAGCGGCUGGAGCGUGCCCUUGAUGAAUCUAUUGCCGGUGCUCUUCCCUGCGGCCAGUGCACGGCCGUGGCAGGUACGACGUAGCGCCGCUGCUCUCCACGGGCGCCGCAGCGCUUCAGCUGCUGGCCUCACCAUGCCGGCACGCCCCUCAGGCGUCAGCCUGCCGCGCGGCGGGGACGGGCGCAGGGAGAGUUGACGGCGAUGCGAGCACCGUGGCAGGUCCGGCGUGGCGCCGCUGCUCGGCCACGCCACCUCCGUCCACCAGCGCGUCGCGCUUCAGCCGCCGGUCUCACCAUGCCGGUAUGCCGCUCGCCCAGGGUGGCCAACCGCACGGCGGCGACGGGCGCAGGGAGCGGUGACGGCUGUGCGACGGUGAGAUGGACCGGCGCCGGGGACGGAGCAGGGCGGCACCGGCUGUGCGACGGCGAGGUGGAGCGUCGUCGGGGACGGAGCAGGGCGGCGGCGGCUGUGCGACGGCGAGGUAGAGCAGCGCCGGGGACGGAGCAGGGCGACGGCGAGGUGGAGCGGCGCCGGGGACGGAACAGGGCAGCGGCACGAGUGCACGACGAGGUGGCGCCGGGGCCGAGGCGGAGCAGGUGGUGCGGCGGCGAGGCGGCGCUGGGGGAGGUCACCCGUGGAAGGCAGCGGCCGCCGUCGCUCCGCCCGACCACCUCCCGUGUGCGGCCGCCGCCGUCUCCCUCCGACCUCAACCAGCAAGUUAGAAGCAUUUUGGUUCGGUACAUUAUUGCAAAACUGAAAGAGCUACUGUGCUAGGAGCCUUUUGCAGAUAUAAAUCUGAUAAAAGAUUUAGUUAGUGUUUGGCUGUUCGGUUUGCCCAUAGCCUCUAGCAAUGAGUGCAUAUAUCGGGAUCAGUGGAUGCAAGUAACAAGGAAUGGUGAUUGCAAGCAAUGAGUGUUGAUUCUACAAGGAACGGUGAUUGCAAGUAACAAGCUUGGUCUGAAGCUAUGUUCCUUUUGGAUGUACAGACCAACUUGUUAUGUCCAUGAUUAGCAUUGUAGUUUCUCUUGGUUGAUGUUUUUUUGGAAAACUUAAUUUGCAAUGGGUGUGAAUUAUGUUAUCAGAUGUGUAUGAACAUGUUACAUUGUAAGACGAUUUGUCCAUGUAUGAGGCUGUUUUGCAUAUAUCUGUCCAUGGACCACUCUUGAA